AUGAAGAUAACAAUGAUGAUGAUAUUAACGACGACGAUGAUGAUGGUGUUAGCGAUGAUGAUGUUAACGACGACUGUUAAGAGGACUCCGACUCCGCUUGAUGAUGUUACGGAGUGAUGGACUUUGACGUUGCAGACAGAGCGGUGACCUGAACUCUCCUCCGUCCGGUGACCCGAACCACGCGGCAGCAGCGGCAGCAGCGGCAAGGUCAAUCCCAAAGGUCAAGGGAUUUUGGGGGGAGGGGCGGCGGAGCUGUGGGGGUCAAAGUUGACCCGCGAUGAACCUGGCGACUGCCAAUACCUCGGGGGCCCUGAUGGCCCCCACCAAAGUGAGCGGGGGCCCCGCCACACCGCGGAGGGGCCCCUCCAAGUUCAAGCAGCGCCAGACGCGGCAGUUCAAGAGCAAGCCGCCCAAGAAAGGCAUACAGGGGUUCGGGGACGACAUCCCCGGCAUGGAGGGUCUGGGCACUGACAUCACCGUCAUCUGCCCGUGGGAGGCGUUCAACCACCUGGAGCUGCACGAGCUGGCGCAGUACGGAAUCAUCUGACGGCAUCGUCUGAGCGCCGUGGAGCGCCGUGGAGCGACCCCAACCCCCCCCCCCCCCCACCGAUCCCGGCCACCACCCCCACCGGCAGGCAGUGGCAGCUGGAGAGUAUCGCGCCGGGUCCCAUCAUCACCAUCAUCAAUCAUCACCACCACCAUCAUCUCCACCAUCAUCAUCAUCACCAGCACCAUCAUCACCA